CCCGUGGAGGUUUAGUUAUGAAAGUUAGAGCGAGAGCGUUGUUACUAUUUCUUGUUCGCAUACAAAACCAGACCUAAUCGAGACUAGAAAGCAAAAACAGGUUGAAAAUGAAGAACGAGCCUGUUUUAGUUUUCACCAUUCUUCACAUGUUAUUUAUGGACUCCUUAAACAACUGCGGAGCAGUGAGAGGUUGCAGACAAAUCGUUUUUGAGCAUCGCUGGAAAAAUAAGGCUUUGCAAGGCCACACGCUAAGAACCGUCAGAGCAAAAGACAAUGAAGAUUGUAGAUUGAAAUGUUACCUGGAGGACAACUGUGUUUCAGUUAACUAUGCGUCUACAGGGAAAUGUGAUCUUAACAACAAAGACCAUACCCAGAAGCCAAACGAUCUAGAGGAUGUGAUUAACUACACCUAUUCAUUCAUAGAAAACCCUUGCGCCAGUUCUCCUUGUCAGCAUCCCAGUGUUCUUUGUCAAGCCGGUUUUACUGACCGAGGGUACAGAUGUGUAUGCAACAAAACAGGAUUCGCUGGCGAGAAGUGUGAAAAAGCUGUCCUCCGUAUUUUUAUCAAAUCGUUCGGCACCAAAGACCGACCAGGUGGUGGGAGUAUUUUUGGUGAUACGGUCAUCGAAGUCAACGGGAUAAAUCAUCGCAAAAGGAGAAGAGGUCACAACAUCGUAACAGUUUAUCCAGGCAACGGAUCAAUUCACGCGAGUGAGAGCUUCGACACCUUCGCCAGUGGACCGGCAACUGAAGACAUGACCGCAUUUAUCAACAAUUUACCGGAAAAUGUAAUGGUACUGAUUACAGUGCACGAUUCUGCAAAUGUCGGUGUCAUGAACACCAUCCCAGGCGCUGAAAGUGCCCUGCGCAGUGUUGGAGCCGUAGACCCUGUGUUCACCCGGGUGCGCGAAUCAUGGCUGCUUAUUGGUUACAAAGGUGCAGAUAAGCCCACGUGGAUUCAGCAAAGACACGCAGCUAGGAACCUGGGACCAGUUUCAAUUGGAACUGAGAUUAUUUUCUAAAUAUAUUCUUAUUCAUAUGUAAGUGAUUUUUAAGCAGAAAAAAAAUUUCAUAUAAAUAAGCUUCAAACGGUGCUGCAUCUUUCGAAUAAAAUUUUUUAGAGCCCAUAACGCAUGGUCUGACAGCCGAACGCCUUUAAAAUACAAGCGUUUUUGUUGAAUAGGUUUCUCUUUCAAAGUUGCAAUCACUGUGAGAUUUCUAUUAAAGACGCUUUACAAAGGAUGAAGUGUAGGUUUUAGACCCUUAGUAGUUUGAAGAAAAAAUAUUUAGGUAUAUAUGGUUAGUAAAGUUAGAAUUUCAGGUAAUGGUACGAAGCUGCAAGUUGUAAGUGGCAUCGUUAAUUCAGAAUAUAAUGUUGUAGAUUGUAAGAUGUGUUAUAACACUAAGUAAAUGUAGAUUCUGUAAAUAAUCUUAUAAAAGAA